AUGUCAAGGGGAAACCAAAGUCACAUCACGGAAUUCCUCCUUCUGGGACUGAACAGUGAUCCCAAACACCGGGGGUGGCUCUUUGCCAGCUUCCUAGCCAUGUACCUGGUCAACGUGGCUGGCAACUCAGUCAUCAUUGCAGCCAUCCGGGGAGACACCCGCCUCCACACCCCCAUGUACUUCUUCCUCUCCAAUCUGUCCCUGGUGGACAUCUGCCUCUCCUGCUCUGACACCUCUAUCAAUGAGCUUCUGGCCUUCACAGAGGGCUCCUUUGUGAUCAUGAGUCCCUUCAUCUUGAUCAUUGUCUCUUACGUCUACAUCACCCGUGCCGUUCUGAGGGUCCCUUCUGGGGGAGGCAGGUACAAGGUCUUCUCCACCUGUGGAUCCCACCUCACAGUUGUGGCACUGUUCUACGGGACUGCCAUCUCUGUGUACAUUCGCCCUUCAUCUACCUACUCAGUGACAAAGGACAGUGUGGUCACUGUGAUUUAUACUGUGGUAAUCCCCAUGUUGAACCCUUUUAUCUACAGUCUUAGGAACAAGGACAUGAAACAAGCCUUGAGAAAACUGACGAGGAGAAAAGAAUAG